CAUCCCGCGAGUCGCCAGUUUAUUCCGACUCUCUCCUGGUCCGAUGAACUGCCGCGCCCUAUUCCCACCUCCUUAUUCCUUCUAUCUUCCCUCCUCCCUUCUUCGACUUCUCCUCUCAUGGACGAGACGGAGCUCGACGGCGACUCAACGAGCUAUACCUUCUUCGACGCCCUCGACGCCUUCCCGCCCGAAGAAACACUCGACCCUCCUCCCGCCCCCUCUCUCGAAUCCAUCUCCAACCGCCCCGGCGACGAGAUCACCCCCCACUCCCCCGCCGCCCCCCGCCGCCGGCGGCCGCCAUCCCGGCGGAUCGCCGCCUCAGGCCCCAAGGACUCCUCCGGAUCCGAUUCCCUCUCGGGCAUCACCAGCAUCAGAGAAAGCCGGAGCAAGAUUCUCCUCGCGUUAAAAGACCAAGAGGCUUGGGAGAAGCCGGAUGAUUCGAGAUCCACUCUUCCUUCGGAUCAAAUUAGCACGGCAAGAGACCAGCGUCCGGAAAUUUCGGUCGGAUCGCCAGCCGCGAGCCGUGCUCGUGUCGGAGAACCGCCGCCGGUCGAUGCCGGAUCUCAGCCGCAGGGCAUCCUGGUGUCCCUUGCCGGUUUUGUGAUCAAAGCUGUUUUUUUUCAACUCGGUUUGCUGACUAGGUCCAUCACGUUUCCUAUUUGGUUGAUGCAUUGCUCUUUCUUGCUUCUGACCAAUCCUUUCGGCACCCUAAGACGGGCGAGAGAUGCGAUAAAAGAGAGGGUUUUGAGGGUAUGGAAGGAUUUAGUGGAGAAAGUUAGCCCCUUGGUGUCCGAGAGUCUUGGGAGCCAGCAAGGGGCGGGGAAGUUGGUGGCGAGGUUGGCUUGGGGGUGCUUCUGGUCGUUCUAUGUCUGUCUGGUCCUGUCUGGGCUCUUGAUGGCAUCAUUCUUAGGUGGGAGCCUGUUCAUGGGCAGAGUUGUCGAGGAGCCGCUCCAGAUGAUGGAGGAAUUGAAUUUUGAUUACACGAAGCCGACUCCGGAUGCUUUCGUGCCGAUAGGGUCUUGUAAUGGUGGCUUGGGUUCUGGUGGAAAGACUGGAGCUUGGAAAUCUGGGGGUUGGCGGUUGGUGCCGCCAAAUCACAAGCUGCGGCUGAUCAUCUCAUUGACUUUGCCAGAAUCCGACUACAAUCGGAAACUUGGCAUGUUCCAGGUCAGGGCAGAGUUUCUCUCAGCAGAUGGCAAAGUCAUGGCUGGUUCAAGCCAGCCAUGCAUGCUACGGUUCAAGAGCUCUCAUAUUCACUUAAUAGAGACUUUUCUCAAAAGUGGUUCUCUACUAGCAGGCUAUUCUUCAGAAUUGCAGAUUCUCAGAGUAAAAAUGACAGGCUUUACAGAAGGAAGUGAACCUACUGUAUGCAUAAGGGUCAUUCUUGAACAAAGGGCAGAGUACAGGCCUGGUGCUGGUAUCCCUGAGAUUUAUGCUGCAUCUUUAAAACUUGAGUCAGAACUUCCUCUUUUUAAGCGGUUGAUAUGGAACUGGAGGAGGACCGUGUAUAUCUGGAUCAGUACAGGAUUAUUCAUCAUGGAGUUGCUGAUUUUUCUUGUCUGUUGUAGACCUAUUAUAGUUCCAAGGUCAAGGCCGGUCCGUGGUUCUCAAAACAGGAUGUAAUAUAUGAACUUUUAGCACAACAUGGUUGCAAAGGAGGAGAGCAAGUCUUCUGCAAGCAUAGCUUCCCAAUGUUGUGGCUGUCUGAAAUAAGAUAUCAUCUUCAGGUGCCCUUGGGUAGUAAUCAUGAUACGCAAGUAUACUGAUCAUUCAGCUGAUUUUAACAUUUACAUCAGGUGGAUUUUUUGAAAGAUUGGUGGGGCUGCACGAAACUUGGAGGCCAUAUUAUGUGGAUAAAUCAGUGUCUUUGUGAGGCAAGGGGUUUCACAUAGUUAUGCGUAAAGGAUUGUACUGAUUCAUGAUGGCAUACACAUCGUCCAUCAGGGUGCUCUUUCACCGUAGCUGCUUGGUUGUUUUAUAUUGCUGAUGAGCUUUGGAUCUUGUGUCACUCCGAAAUGGUCAUUACCCGGAUUAUUCAUCUACGGUCUUGCCUAAAAGAUGAGUAAUUUGUUCUAUAGUUACUAAUAUAAUCCAUGACAUCUUUUAGUUCAACCUACGUUUGGUCUUGAGUGAUGCAUGCAUUACCGGGACAUUUGGUGAAGUUAUGGUUAAUAGGUUUUGGCGAAUGGUUUUGAUCUUUAGUGGAGAGGGUGUUAUCCGAGAUGGAGUUAAUGUUUUAAUGAAGGCCAAAUUCUAUUGCGCACCAAGGAGGAUGUGGAUCAUACAUUUGAACUCAUUAAGCAGAAUGGGUAACAACCAUGCAAUGCCACAUUCUUGUUUGUCUGGUCAAAUGCAUUUCAUAUUGGCUUGGUAGUGAUUUGAUAGCAACAUUAUCGCCGAACUCGUUUCCAUCAAGCCUGCUGAUACAUAAUAUGAAGUGCUAUCCCUGGGAUGACAAAUGAUCCCUGAAAGCUAAACACUGUCCUCAGUCCUCGUGUAAAAUUCUGCCAGCAAAUAGGCCCUUAAAAUACAGAUUACUCAAGGGCCUCCACUUGCCCGUCCUUAAUUUAUAUGUUUAAGCUUUCAUUGGAAUGAGCAGUUGGCCAAUUGCUAUGCAAUAAAAUGUCCAGGCACAUUUGAUAAAAUUGCAGUUGUUAUGCAUAGUUUUGAAUUCUACUG